AACUGACUUUCCAAUGGAUUUGCCAAUUGUAAUGUGUGGAAUCGGUUAAAUUUAAGAGAUUUGGCCUCUGUGCACACCUAGAUGGACCUACUCUGAAAACAGAGGAGACCAUGAGUUCAAGUCCAAACUUAGCUUUGAAGGCCAGCUGGGUGACUUUGGAUCUGCCCCGCUUUCCCAAUCCAGCCCACCUCACAGGGUGGUUAUUGCGGAAGGAACAGGAUGAGGAAGGUGUGUUUGAAUAUGUUCAGUGCUUUGAGUUAUUUGUAAAAUAAUAAUAAUAAUAAAGGCGAGAUAGAAAUAAAAAUAACUAGCUGGGACUGGGGCUUCUUGAACUUUAUAAGAACCUAAGUCCAGUUGAAUUGGCCGCAAAGCCUCAAGACGGUCACUAGAUGGCGACAUUUCUGUGUCCCUCUGGUGCCACCUAGUGCCUAUCUAGAUCAUAGCAACCCUCAGUAAUCCUUGGUAGAUUAUCUUGGAGGACCCGCCUCCUCUCCCACUGCACUUUCUUGCAGUUGAGCAAAAAAAGAUAUGCAGCUUCCUGGUUUGCUUCAUUCUAAAAGCCAAAUCCAGCAGAACAAAGACUGGAAUCAACUCUCCGGCGACCUAAAGCAAGACUGUUGUGAAGAUCAACGGCUCUUAGAAUCCAAGACUGAUGUCUUAUCAAGAGCUUAUAAUAGACUGGAACCAAGGUGUCCUAGCCCUUGAGAAAGGCAAUCUUACCACCGCCUUGGACAUCUUUCAGGGCAUAAAGAACCCUCCUUCCAAAAUAGACUUCAACAUUGGCUGUCUGCAUCUCCAGCUAGGAAACCUGGAUCAGGCCUUGAAGGCUUUUGAUCAAACACUUUCCAAAGACAAUUGCUUAGCUGUGGGCUUCUUCCAAAGGGGUUACGUUCAUCUGCAGCUGGGCAGGUAUGAGGAAGCUUUGAGAGAUGGGAAGCUGGCUCUGCGCUGUCUCCGGAAUAAUUCCUGCAUCAAUUACAAACCGCUCGGUUUGGCCUUUGUGCUACGUGCCUCGGAGGUUUUGCACAAUACGGCAGCCACCCACUGCCGGCUUGGAAGAUGGCCUGAAGCGCGAGACACUCUGGAAGAAGCAGCCACGCAAAUGCCCAAGAGAGAAGCCGUGGCUGCUUUAAAGCAAGUGGAGGAUCGUCUCUUGCUGGAACCCCAGAGCGUCCCACCGGGAAAACUUUUUAGCCCUCCCUUGCAGGCUGAUGGGUUGAAAGAGAAGGACUAUCUCGGCCAAUCCCAGAAGAUCUUCCAAGGAAACCCAGAAGCUCCACCGGAAAUGACACCACCCAGUCUUCUUCACGAGAACCAAAAGAUCUGGAGACCAGGAGACAGAGAAGGAAAUGAAACCGAUUCCAAAAGAUUGGAGUGUCUUCAAGAGGGUGAAGAAGAACGAGCGGAUCAAGCCGUCCUUUACCGCAUGGUGGGAAAAUGUUCUUACAUCUCUGACGCCCCGGAAGACCUGAAUUUUAAAGAUGGGGACAUGCUGGAGGUCCUGUCCGAAGUGAACGCGGAAUGGCUAGAAGGCCGAUGCAACGGAAGGACAGGGAUUUUCCCCAAACUGUUCGCGGAGGCUGAGUACCCUGGAGCCACCCGACUUUAGAGGAAUAAAAAAGGUCUCAAUUGCUGA